UCUAAGUUAUCGAAAGAGAGCCAGCAACUACAACAAAAACGUAUCUUGGAUCUCGUAAAUUAUAAGAAAUUUAAUUAUUCAAUCCAUUCGGGAAGCGGUCGUCAGCAAUCGAAUUAAAUUAGCUCGAUAAACACUUGUAGGCCAUGGCAAAUUAAUAGAAACGAAAAUUGGCCAAAGUCAGCGCGAAAAAGCUCCCAUUCCUCGGCGCGGUGUGUGUAGUAAAGUAAAUCGUAAAUCGUGAACCGUGAAUAGUCGAGUGCGUGUGGGGGUGCUACUAUUCUGCAUAUAUUAUUUAGGGUGGUGCGGGUUGGGUCAGUGGUGCGCUGCAGUGCAUCAACGUUUCUAUGUGGCGGCAUUUUGAUGACGAAAUUAUUUUUGGAUAAGUGCUUGAUGAAAGUGGCCAAAACGGAGGAGUCAUCAACAUCAUCAGUUGCAGAAUGGAGAGCGAGCGGUUGCGAAUCACGCUGGAUAGCGCGGAUCGGGUUUACUUCGCAGGCGACAUUAUUCGAGGAGAGAUCUGGAUGAAUGUAAACAAGCGCACAAAAAUACGCGCGAUCAAGGUGCAGGUCACCGGAAAGGGCAAGUGCAAGUGGAUGGAGAUCCUGCGCAAGAACUCAAACAACAACGAGUACUCCCGCAGCCUGUUCUACACGAGCAAGGAGGUGUAUGAGCACAGCGAGACUCCUCUGCCGGAUUUCGAACCACGUGGAUUGGAACUCUCGCCCGGGGAGCACACCUUUAUCUUUGAAGUGGCGCUGGGUCGCCAGCUUCCAUCCAGCUUUAAAGGCAGUUAUGGUGGCAUCAAGUAUAAGAUGCGUGUCCUCAUCCAGCGUCCGUGGACGUUUGACGAGCGACACACUAUUCCUUUUACCGUGGUGAAGAAUAUGCCGCUCCAGCCAUCGCAACGCAGUAUUCCCAGUUCGUUGGAGAAGCAAGUGACCAAGACGAUCAGUUUAUUUGGGACACGACCGAUAACCUUACUAGCCCUUUUGCCAGAAGAUUUUGCGGUGCGUGGAGAGCCGCUUAGAAUUUGCGCCACUGUGAUCAACAACAGCACCACCGCCGUGGAGAAGCUGCGCUUCAGCGUGCUGCAGUAUGUGACCUACUACAGUCAUGUGCCAUUGCGGGUGCAGAAGGUCGAGUGCAUCGCGGUGGCCACCAAGGAAACGGGUUCGGUGCAAAAGAAGACAGAGCGCAGCUUUGCCCAUGAAUUGCUUUUACCCGAAGGAGCUCAGCCAACGGAUGAACAGAUGAGUGGCGUUAUCACCAUCGUAUACGAGCUGCGUGUGGAGGCGGUGCUGAGGGGAUUCUUUAAGAAUUUGAUCCUUAAUCUUCCCUUCAAAGUGUACUCACAGGAUACGUCCAAUAGGCUGAGUUCACUGCGUCCGCCGCCGCCACCUCGGCCAAACGAUGGCCCACCUGGUCCGGAUGUGGGCUCUGGCAAUCCAUUCGAACCAGCCCUGCCGGUUUAUCCCUCGCUGGACUCUUCUAUUGGCUCGCCCUCACACUCUUCGCAGUUUAGCGAGUGUAGCUCGAUUAACUCUAUAACCUCGGACUCUUCAGCGGCUACUUUGAGUCCUGCUGUGGGUGGUGCCGCUGGGGCCAUGGAAUUAUCCUACACUUCUGGAUCACAGUCUUCCCAAUAUGGAAGCCCAUCGGCUAGAACUAGCUUGCGUAGCUCCAAUGUGCCGUAUAUGCCGUACUCGUCCAGCCCAUUGAUGGUGCAGUCGUAUCCGCCACCCCAUCUGCCCGCUUAUCCGAUGCCAGAGUCGCCGCAGUACUCACUCCUUGCCCUGACACCACCACCGACUGGAGUGACCGCCGCACCAGCAACUGCGAAUGGAGCAGCAGGUGGCGGAGCAGCUCCGGGUUAUAGCCAGCUGCCAUCUACUUCGGCCUCAGCCUCGUUCCUGCAGUCUCGACAGGCAUCUGGAGCCCAUGAGUUGCCACCUUCCUAUGAAGAGCUCUUCGGCUUGGCAAACGCCCCUCCGGGAACUCCAAAGUAAGGAGUGAUAGGCAGUCCUGAGCAGUCACCCAGUUACGUCCAAGCUUUGCCUAAACAUAGAGCUUCAGGUUUACUUUAUAGUGUUAUAGAGUAUCUAAAUAUCGAUUAUAUCCUACACGGUAUAUUACGCUUCGAGCACAAACCAUAAGCAAUUUGUGCACAAAUCAAUCGCACAGUGUAACCACAUAAACUGAUUUAAUUCGGCUAUAGUCUCCCAUUGAAAAGUUAUAUUCUGAUAUAUGUUUUUAUUUCGAUUUCAUUUGCACUGAUUUUAAAGUUAGGUUUGGAUAAGGCAAAUGGUUUCUUGAAGUUAAAACAUUUUCUAUCUUAUGAUAUUAUAAGACUUAACCGUUUUGUUCUAUUGACAUUUACAAGAUUGAAAAACUAUACGCAAAAUAUUUUUUUUUGUUAACUUUAUAUACCUGACAAUAAUCCGAACAACUUCUUUGCCUUGUCCACUUAACCUACAACUUGAGCUUAAAAUCACUUAUUUUUAUCUCUUAGCCAGAAAAUAUAAAGAUCUAUAGCUAGCUUGUUCGAUUGAAUUAGAUAGAAUCACAGGCAAAAACUACAACCAAUUAGGCAAACAAAAAACUCACUAUAACUAAGUAUACAUAUUAUAUUCAAACAAAUUCUAAAUUAGUUGAAAAGUAACAUAUGAAAAAGUUUAAAAAAUUAUUUAGGUAAAACCAAUUUUUUGAAUUUAAAAAGUCUGUCUUCGGCUAAACUCGAUUAUCAAAUGGAUUUUAUCCUGAUAAGCCAAACUCUGCGCAUUUUUUGAAGAGUUGAAUCUUUCGAAUUACUCAAAGACUCAUGAGUAUUUAUCUCACAAAUAACUUGAAACAUAUUUCCUGCCCGCCUAUUUAUCUGACAUCUCUUAUUUAUAUCUCCAAAGAAUCUGAUGAAAAUGGCUUAUAGAUCUAGUGUCUCAUUGAAAUUCUAUACCAAAACAGGUCUAACAUUACUAUUUAUUUCUCUCACUGCAUUAUGUGUUUAGCAUUUAAGUACUUAAGCACAAAUCGAAUAUGUUGAAGGAUAUUUUGAUUCUCUAAACAAGACAUGAAGAAAAUGAAGAUUGAAUCAAUAAGCUUUAGUGCCUCUGUAUGAUGAACAAAUCGAAUGGUUAUCGUUAUUGAACACACACAUAGGUAUCGAUAAACAAAUUUUAUACACAUAUUACCGAUAUAAAUCAUCGUUCGGAAGCAAUGUCAACUAACUUUUAGUUUUAAGCGCACGAAUGUAUAUUAUGUACGAUCAAACAAUUUCGUUUAAGGUGCUUUACAAAUCACUAUUUUUGGAUACCAAUUUUUUGUUUUCUCUUGAAUUUAGUGCAUGGUGGACUAAAUGUCAAAUUUUGAUUUACAUAAACAAGAAAACUGAAUAAAAUGUUAAUAUAAUUACAAAAAAA